AUGGGCGUGAAGUCCCGCAAGGCAACUCCGGCCGCGGCGGAAACCCCGGCGGUUCCCGGCGGGGUGUUGGAUAGCAAAGCGACCGGUGGGGAGCUGGCUUCGGCCGGCGACUUGGAGCAAGGCACGUUGGCUCUGGGCGCCUCCGGGGCGGACCGGGACGGGGCUCUACUGCUGGAAGGGACGGGCAGGGAAGGCGGCGGGAGGCGCUCGGCGCCCGCCAUCGGCUUGCUGGCCAAGACCCCGCUGAGCCGGCCGGUCAAGAGGAACAACGUCAAGUACCGGCGGAUCCAAACCUUGAUCUACGACGCGCUGGAGCGGCCGCGGGGCUGGGCGCUGCUCUAUCACGCCUUCGUAUUUCUGAUUGUGCUGGGAUGCCUGAUUUUAGCAGUGCUGACCACUUUUGGAGAAUACGAAAAGGCUUCUGGAUAUUGGCUGUUGCUUUUGGAAACUUUUGCCAUUUUCAUAUUCGGAGCAGAAUUUGCCUUAAGGAUCUGGGCAGCUGGCUGCUGUUGUCGAUACAAGGGAUGGCGCGGGAGGCUGAAAUUUGCCAGAAAGCCUCUGUGUAUGUUGGAUAUCUUUGUACUGAUCGCCUCUGUCCCAGUGGUAGCUGUUGGCAACCAAGGCAAUGUCCUAGCUACAUCUCUGAGAAGUCUCCGUUUCCUCCAGAUCCUGAGGAUGCUGCGUAUGGACCGGAGAGGUGGCACCUGGAAGCUUCUGGGAUCAGCUAUUUGUGCACACAGCAAAAUUACGCUGGCAACAAUCGGCUACGGGGACAAGACACCCAAAACCUGGGAAGGGCGCUUGAUCGCAGCAGGGUUUUCCUUAAUCGGAGUUUCAUUUUUUGCCCUUCCGGCUGGCAUUUUGGGUUCAGGACUGGCCCUAAAAGUCCAGGAACAACAUCGCCAAAAGCACUUUGAAAAAAGAAGGAAACCGGCAGCUGAACUCAUACAGGCUGCCUGGAGGUACUACGCUACUAAUCCUAAUAGGAUAGAUCUUGUUGCCACGUGGAGGUUUUACGAGACUGUGGUAUCAUUCCCAUAUUUCAGGAAAGAACAAGUGGAUGGAACCAGCCAAAAGCUGGGUCUCUUGGAUCGGGUUCGUGGUAGCAAUCCUAAAGGAAAGCUGUUUACUCCUCUGAAUGUAGAAGCAAUUGAAGAAAGUCCUUCCAAAGAGUCUAAGAACGUUGUCCUGAUUAACCGAGAUCGAUUGCGCACUGCCUUCCGAAUGAAAGCUUAUGCAUUCUGGCAAAGCUCAGAAGAUGCUGGAACAGGGGACCCCUUGGCAGAAGACCGGGGAUACAGCAAUGAGCUGCUCAUGGAAGACCUCAUCCCCACACUGAAGAUGGUCAUCCGAGCUGUCAGGAUCCUGCAGUUCCGCCUCUAUAAGAAGAGAUUCAAGGAGACUUUGAGGCCUUAUGACGUAAAGGAUGUGAUCGAGCAAUAUUCAGCUGGACAUCUCGACAUGCUUUCCAGAAUCAAAUAUCUUCAAGCAAGAAUAGAUAUGGUUUUUGCACCUGGGCCUCCAUCAACUCCCAGACACAGGAAAUCUCAGAAAGGAAGCACAUUCUCCUACCCUUUGCAGCAGUCUCCAAGGAAUGAGCCAUUCAUAAGUAAAGCAUCUGCAGAUGAUCCCGAAGACCAAAGCAUGAUGGGAAAAUUUGUCAGAGUUGAAAGACAGGUCCACGACAUGGGGAAGAAGCUGGAUUUCUUAGUAGACAUGCACAAGCAGCACCUGGGCCAGCUGCAGGUCCAGGUCACCGACGCGUGUCCGUUGAAAGAAGCCACGUCCCCGGCUGAGGACAACCGGUUUUCUGAAUUGAAAUCCAUCAUUUACAAAUACUCCAAGCCUUCCAUUCAUGAGCUGUCUCCAAGCUUCCAUCACGUUCCCGUGAACAAAGUCCCGCCUUUCGGGUUCUCAAGCCAGGACUGUGGUCACAACCCACUUUCACUGUCCUUCAGUGGCCAGAACUCAGGCCGAUGGCAAGCCAUGCCCUUCUCCACUGCCUACUCAGAAAGGCCCACUGUCCUGCCAAUAGUGACUUUCAUGGAUCCUCAGGUUUCGUUCCAGUCCCCACCGAGAGAGCUCUGGAGCCCUCAGUCAGACAGAUUCUCCUCACGACAGAGGCAAAGAGACAGCGACACCCCCUUAUCCCUGCUCUCGGUCAAUCACGAGGAACUGGAACGCUCCCCGAGCGGGUUUAGCAUCUCUCAAGACAGAGAUGAUUUCCUGUUUGGCCCAAAUGGCGGAACCAGUUGGAUGAAGGAAAAACGCUAUUUGGCUGAGGGGGAAACGGACACAGACACCGACCCUUUCACUCCCAGCGGGUCUAUGCCUCUGUCCUCCACAGGGGACGGGAUUUCCGAGUCAAUAUGGACUCCUUCAAGCAAGCCAAUUUAAUCUUCUCUAUGGGUGGGGGUUGCAGGGGCGGGGAUGUGGGAGGGUGGAGAUCUGGACUGGCUUUUUCUUGUCCUGUAAACUUACAACUUUGUAUAUCUUACGAUACCUGCCCAAAGCUUCCUCCCGCCAAAAGCAAAAAGCAAGCCACCACACCCAUCCCUUCAACCCCCGACGGCUGUUCUGCAUGCUGGUAUUCGUGGACGUCUUCCUCCACCAUUUCACACAGUUGAGCGAUGCAGUUCUUCUCAUUAUUCUGCCGAAACGAAGCGGGGU